CGUCUCUCUGCCUUUGAGGUCAACCACGAUGGAUAGACGAAUACAUGAAACACCUAUGGACUUUGAAUGGCAGAACCGUGCUCCUGGAGAAACCAAAUCCCCGUUCUACCAGCUGGCAUUGGAGCACCAAAAUCGAAACAAGGACAAGAAACGUCCCUAUAGCAUUUUCGAUUCACCUGCAAAAUCGUCGACCCCGGCCCUGCGUGAGCCGUCCUCUCAGUCUUUCCUUUUCUCCCAACCGCCCGCUCAGUCCUCCACCAUACCUCGCAACUCUCCAUUUAUGACCCCGCGUCAGAAGGCAGACAUCGACUUUUCAUCCGAUCCAGAAAAUAUUUCGUCUCCAGAGAACGCGGAUAACGAUGAGACCCCGGAAAAGAUAGGAAAGGCAGACAGAAGGAAUUCUCUUUUUAAUUUCUUCGGACGGUUCGCACCCAGCCCCGGGCGGGGUGAGAUCCCGAAGACCAAAUACUCAAACGUCCUUGUUACGAGAGUCCAUAAAAAGCGACGUCGCGACCGUGAAAUCAAUCGGAAGCGACAAAAGACCAGAGACGACAGCGACAGCGACGAACGCACCCGCAGCGCAAAUGUCGAGACGGCCCCACAAAACGGCCCGCAAGCCUCUCAGGGACUUGAGUUUGCGUUCUUUUCUCGCCUCUUCACUUUCCUUGAAUCACAUCCCCACAUACCUCGCAUUCUUUCAUACUACGCUCAAUUUAUAUUCAACCUUGUCCUCACUUUCUUGACGCUUUACAUCAUUGUCACAUUCCUGCUUGCGAUUCAGGCAGACGUCGACCGGGAGAGUGAGAAGGUCUCCGCCGAUAUUCUUGCUGAUAUGGCUGUUUGCGCGAAGAACUAUAUGGAAAACCGGUGCGGUGGCGAGGACGGGCGGAGAUUACCUGCACUGGAAGCAAUAUGCGAGAACUGGGAGAGAUGCAUGAACCGCGACCCUGCCAAAGUGGGAAGAGCUAAAGUCUCUGCACAGACUCUGGCAGAAAUCUUCAACGGUUUUAUAGAGCCAAUUAGUUUUAAAACUAUGCAGUCGCACAUCCCCUAUUCCUCCCAACAUCCGUCAUUCGGACAUGGUCAUUAUUACGAUCCCACAUUUAGCCAUCUGUUUAGUCAGGAUGUCAAUAUAACCCAUCGAAAACCGAAUAAAAUGCAGGAUGACUGGCAGCCGAGGCAGCUUGCUCUUCAUUCUGCUUCCGAGACAGGGGAAGGCGAUCAUCCCAAAACACCAAGUCCCGUCAAACGUGAGAGAACUUAUACUUGA